CAGGUAAAAAACCGUUUCGUGGUUGGAAAAUCAAAAAUGCAUAGAGGUAUUUGGGUGGUACCAUGUUACGUAAAAUUCUAGUUGAAUUUAAUUAAAUUCAAUAUCCGUAGACCUUCUAUUUAUCAUCAGACAUUAACAUAACCACUUGCAAGUCGUCGACUUCCGUUACCUUUCUAGUGUUUCAUUAUUAAAUAUCACCACCGUGACGUCCCUCUUUGUUUUACGUUGGGUCCAGUGUGUUCGGUCAACGUUCGCUAGCUUUGCCCGUUAAAUUCGUCUUUAGAAAUUUCAUCAAGAUAAGAACAUUUGUAUACCAAACAAAGACGAGAUGAGAAAAGAAAUGAAAAAACCAAAAAAGUUCUCUUUCACAGUCCUUUGACCUUAACGGCAAUUUUUACGUAAACGUUAUGGGAAACGUAUAAAUAGACGUGGCAAGCAAGCUCUUGUUCAGAAAAGUAUCACGAUCGAGAACGAGAAAAUUAGAAGUAGUAAGUUGACUGCAAUGCGGACUUGGUUAACAUCGGUGCUUAUCAUUGGGACCGUGAGUGGUAGUUCGGGAACCUACGAUGCUGGCGAUGCUUGGCGCCAAAUGAGUGGACUAACUGAUCAUUCGGCUACCUUUUCGGCGAUAACGACUUAUGACGAAGGAACCAGUUCCCCAAUAUCGUCGAGAGCAGCCGAUUCGAAGGCCGCCGCUUCCUCCUACGGUGGAGGAGGGUACGGGGGAGGAAGUUAUGGGCACGGUGGAGGAGGUUAUGGACAUGGAGGAGCUAGUUAUGGUGGAGGAUAUGGGCAUGGGGGAGGAGGAGGUUACGGACAAGGAGGGUCGUAUUUAAACACCUCGGCCGUUUCUCUCUUGGGCUUCCUUUAUCUGCUCAAUUUGAUCCAGGACAUCCUUAACCAAGUGACUACGACAACAGCAGCUGCUACAGGCCGGAAGAAGAGAGCCAUUCCAGAUCCAUUUCAAGAAUGGUUUUCCAAUCUCGGCCAGGGAGGAAUUCAGACCUUGACUUACGAAGUGGCCGCCACCAUUCUUCCACUUUUGAAUGAUUUUACUGAACAUCACGAUCUCCAACGGCCACUUGUCUGCUUCCAAAGAUCCGUCUGUUCAGCCAAUAGACGACUGGUAUCCACCUACGGCCAAAUGGGAAAGGUCUUUGGCAAACUCGGAAGUGAAGCAGUUCUGGAACGUUUUCAAUCAUUCUAUCCGGAAGGAACCUUCACCGAGGCUGCGAUUCAUGGUCGAAAUUUUGCUGAUUGCUUCAAAAUCUACAGCGAAUGCAAAUUGGAUUGAAGGCAAUAAGACGAAGCAGACGAAUGAAAGAUUUUUUCAUUAUUCAAUCGCGUCUCUUUGUUCUAUUCAUCCGGAUUUGCGUCAUUUUUUGAAACCCAAGACCGAAGACACGCGCAUGGCAUACGAAUAAGAUAAUUUGUUUAGUUUGUUUGUUUUGUUUUUUUUUUCCUUCAUAGAGAGGGUGAGAAAUUAAGACACGAUGGGCACGGGGGUAGGGAGAAAAAGAAUUGUACAACGACCUUACUUAAAUAUAAACUACCCGCUUACUUCAUAAAAUAAAAUACCAACCAAAAUGAAAAUAAUGUUGCAAGGACGAAAAUAAAAGAUUCUGUGUGUUUUUGAA